GUAAUCUCUACAGCAGGCACAUCCAGAUAGAUGGAGAGAUGUUGGCUAUUCAAGUGCAAGAUACUCCAGGAGUUCAGGUCCAUGAACACAGUCUGCAUUGUAACGAGCAGCUGAACAGAUGCAUUCGCUGGGCAGAUGCUCUGGUGAUUGUCUUCUCCAUCACAGACUAUAAGAGCUAUGAGCUACUCAGUCACCUUUACCAUCACAUUCGACAGUUGCAUCCAGGAAACACAGUCCCUGUUGUCAUACUUGCAAACAAAGCUGAUCUCUUGCAUAUCAAAGAGGUGGAUCCUCAGCAUGGACUUCAGCUGGCCAACAUGCUGGGCUGUUCUUUCUACGAAGUAUCUGUCAGUGAGAACUACAAUGACAUCUUCAAUGCCUUCCACCUCCUCUGUAAAGAAGUCAGUAAACAGCAAACAACCAGUACCCCCGAGAGAAGGAGAACUUCUCUUAUUCCACGACCAAAAUCACCCAACAUGCAAGAUCUGAAGAGAAGGUUUAAGCAAGCUUUGUCUGCCAAAGUGAGGACUGUCACUUCUGUUUGA